GAGGGUAAUUAAGUACUUUGACCAGGGGGUUGGAUGGAUGUAUGGUUUCAGGCUUCAGCAACGACCGGUGAUAUCCAUUGGAGGCCCAGAGAAACUGAUCGGUCAGAAAAUCGUUCACCUUCCCCAAACGAAGGCCGAAUCUCCGGCGACCGACAUGACAAUGGCGGUUUUGAAUAUCUUCUCGCCGGCAAAGGUCACCACCAGCACCACCUCGUCCUCAUCCUUUUUCUCAUGUUACAGUAGCUGCAAUCGCUUCUCUACCCGGCCAGUCCCAACAACGGCGUGUUCUUCUUCCUCUUCUUCUUCUUCCAGUAUGCAGUCCCAAAUGCUACCCCGAUCCCCGAAAUCAGGCCAUGGAGGUUCAUGGAUGCAAGGGAAUUCCAUAUGUGAUGACCUUUUAGCCAAAAGUGGGAGGAAGAACUACCGGUUGUAUUCUGUCUUUCCAUCAAAACCUGCAGAAGUUUCUUCUGUGGAGGACCUUUUUGAAUUUAUAUGUUCAGGUCCCCUUAUAAGCAAAUUGGGCCUGACCUCAGAGAUGGUGGCCGAGUCUAUUGAUAAAUGGUUGUCAUAUGGAUUAUACUUGUGCAGAUUAUUUCAACUCAAUGAACUGUCUCUGACAAUACCUCAGAAAGCUCGACUUUAUCACUACUAUGUACCAGUCUUCUUAUGGUGUGAAAAAGAGAUUUCUCUUCACAGUUCCACAUUUAAAGAGGAUGAAGAAGUCACUCCUUUAGUGAUUGGUUUUAGUGCUCCACAAGGAUGUGGAAAGACUACACUUGUCUUUGCUUUAGAUUAUCUUUUCCGAGUCACUGGGAGGAAGUCUGCCACGAUAUCCAUUGAUGAUUUCUACUUGACCGCAGAGGAUCAGGCUAAACUGAGAGAAAGUAAUCCAGGAAAUGCACUUCUAGAGUUACGUGGAAAUGCGGGAAGCCAUGAUCUGUUAUUGUCUGUUGAAACAUUGACAGCUUUAAGUAAACUGACCAAAGAAGGGGUGAAGAUGAAGCUACCCCGAUAUGACAAAUCGGCAAACAGUGGUAGGGGUGACAGAGCUGAUUCCUCAACAUGGCCAGAAGUUGAAGGGCCACUGACGGUAAUUCUGUUUGAGGGUUGGAUGCUUGGCUUUAAACCCCUCGCAGUUGAUGCUGUCAAAACUGUUGAUCCACAGUUGGAGACGGUGAACAAAAAUUUAGAGGCUUAUUACGAUGCGUGGGACAAGUUCAUAAAAUCAUGGAUUGUUAUCAAAAUUAAAGACCCGAGUUGUGUAUACCAGUGGCGAUUGCAGGCAGAGAUUGCCAUGAGGGCAGAUGGAAAGACUGGGAUGUCCGAUGAGGAGGUUAUGGACUUCGUUUCGCGGUAUCUACCGGCUUACCAUGCUUAUCUCCCUACACUCUACUCUCAAGGACCCAGUGGCUGUGAUCCACAGCGUCUUCUUGUGGUUGAAAUUGAUGAAGGAAGGAACCCCAUCCUCGGCGAGUAGGGUUAUCAGUAGAGAUGAGAUUGUUUGCUUCAUAUCUAUAUCUAUAUCUAUAUCAGUCAGUCGUUUUGCUUCUUGCUGUCAGAUAGAUAGAUAGAUAGAUAGAUAGAUAGAUUUUUUUAUAUUUAUGGGGUAAGGCAGGCACUCACUGCUGAUUCUGUUUGAAUGUAAAUGAAAUGAGCAAAUAAUACUAAAUAAAGCAACGAUUUUGUC